AUGGCCCGUGCCCGCCGUGCCUCCCCAUCGAGCUCGCACCGGGCCGCUCCGCCCCCAGCCCACGCCCCAGCGCCCCAGCAGCACUCCCAACAACAACAACACCACACAUCCGCUCAGCAGCCGCAGCAGCCGCAAGUAACAAACAUUUACGUCCAGCGGGGCGGGGCGGGCGGCGCGGGGACGGGCAUUCUCGGCACUGUCGCCUCCGUCGCCGCGGGGUCCGUCAUUGGCCACGGCAUCUCCCACAUGCUCUUCAACCGCGACCAGCCACCGGCGCAGCCCGCACAGGCGCAGGAACUCGCACAGCAGGUCGGCGAUGGCGCGUGCUCCUCGCAAAUUAAGGCCUACGCCAAGUGCCUCGAGGCAAACCCAGAGAAUCCUGAGAACUGCAAGUGGGCGUGGGAGUACUUCGUUCAGUGCCAAGAUGAACACCAGCAGAAGUAG